AAAAUAUAAUAAUAUUUUUCUGUCGGAAAAAUUAUUGUUUAAAAAAACAUAUUCGACAUCAUAUCCUGUUGGGGGAACUCAACGACAUCUGACACAGGUACAGCUCCUGCUGAACAAACGCUUAAACGUCGACAAACACACGAAAGCAGUAAUCGCCAGCAUGGGAACGGUGGCAGAACAGCAGCAGCAGCUACGGUUCCGUGCAAUUUGUUUAUGUCUGCUUGUCGUCGGCAGCUGCUACGUGUCGCAGUCACAAGCGGACGAGCACAAUCACAAGUACAAUGACAGAGAGGAGGUGGUCCUGUGGAUGAACACAGUGGGGCCGUACCACAAUCGACAGGAGACAUAUGCCUACUUUUCGCUGCCCUUCUGCAGCGGUGGCAAGUCGUCCAUCUCGCACUACCACGAAACGCUAAGUGAGGCGCUGCAGGGCGUGGAGCUGGAGUUCAGUGGCUACGAGAUGGACUUCAAGACGGACGUGCAGCGAUCGACCAUUUGCAUGGUGACGCUGGCAGACGAGAGCGUCAAGGCCUUCACCUAUGCGGUGAUGAAUGAGUACUGGUACCAGAUGUAUAUCGAUGGCCUGCCCAUUUGGGGCAAGGUGGGCGAGCGUGACGAGCGCGAUGGCAAGUACUACAUCUUCACGCACAAACGCUUCGACAUUGGCUACAAUGGCCAGCAGAUUGUGGACAUAACACUGACCACAGACGGUCGAGAGGAACUGAAACCAGGGUCACAGAUCAAUUUCUCGUACGAGGUCAACUGGAAGCCUACCAAGGUGGAAUUCAAGAAUCGCUUCGACAAGUAUCUCGAUCCAAACUUCUUCCAGCACAGAAUCCAUUGGUUUAGCAUUUUCAACAGCUUCAUGAUGGUCAUCUUCCUGGUGGGCCUCGUGUCCAUGAUUCUGAUGCGCACUCUGCGCAAGGAUUAUGCCCGCUACAGCAAGGAUGAGGAGGUGGACGAUAUGGAGCGCGAUCUGGGCGAUGAGUAUGGCUGGAAGCAGGUCCAUGGCGAUGUCUUCCGCUCCCCACCCCACACUCUGCUCUUCUCCGCCUUGGUCGGAGCUGGCUAUCAGCUCAUUUCUGUUGUAUUUUGCGUCAUUAUGUUUGCCAUUGUCGGCGAACUCUACACGGAACGCGGCUCCAUGCUGUCCACCGCCAUAUUUGUGUAUGCCGCCACCUCACCCAUCAAUGGUUACUUUGGUGGUUCACUGUAUGCCCGCCUGGGCGGACGCCUUUGGAUCAGGCAGAUGCUGGUCUCUGCCUUUACAGUGCCUGUGGCUGUUUGCGGCACGGCCUUCCUCAUCAAUUUCAUUGCCAUUGGCUAUCACGCCUCGCGUGCCAUACCCUUUGGCACCAUGGUGGCUGUCACGUGCAUUUGCCUGUUUGUUAUUCUGCCCCUGACCCUGGUGGGCACUGUGGUGGGUCGCAAUUUGGAUGGUCAGCCGGAUUUCCCCUGCCGCGUGAAUGCUGUGCCGCGACCCAUACCCGAGAAGAAGUGGUAUAUGGAGCCGCUGAUUAUUGUGCUGCUCGGUGGAGUGCUGCCCUUUGGCUCCAUAUUUAUUGAGAUGUACUUCAUCUUCACCUCGUUUUGGGCAUACAAAAUCUACUAUGUCUAUGGGUUUAUGUUGCUGGUCUUCACCAUCCUGACAAUUGUUACUGUCUGUGUGACAAUUGUGUGCACAUACUUUCUGCUCAAUGCGGAGGACUACCGAUGGCAGUGGACGAGUUUCAUGGCAGCGGGUUCCACUUCCAUUUAUGUUUAUGCCUACUCCUUUUACUAUUUCUUCUUUAAAACCAAAAUGUUUGGCCUGUUCCAAACGGCCUUUUACUUUGGCUACAUGGCGCUGUUUAGUGGCGCUUUGGGCAUCAUUUGUGGCACCGUCGGCUAUGUGGGCACAAAUCUGUUUGUGCGCAAAAUUUAUUCCAAUGUGAAAAUAGACUAGAAGGAAGAUCAGUUGAAGAACACCGCCCCCCACACUGAUCGGAAACACGUCGUCUACUAUUGUAUUUAUUUAGUAGAGAUUUAGUUAACAAUAUUCUUUGUGUGUUUUCUUUUGCGUGGUCUCUCCCUUCCCUGUUUAUUACUGUUUCGUUUCUCAGAGAUAACUUCUCAUGUUGGUGUGAAAAUGAAUGCCAGUCCCAUGUAUUCGCACCAAAGAUUAAAUAUUCAAUUUAUCUAUGCAUAGGCAUGGCACAGAGUA